AAAGAGAACAGUCUGUACACGACGCUCAGUAGGCAAGCAACGACGGUGUCAGGCGUCGCGUCAACUAAGCUCGUGAAUUUCGACUUCGCGAAUCUUACGAAACACGAAAAUCUACCAAAACAACAACCGCUCCUUGAAAUAUUUGUGAUAGUGCAGUUGAGAUAGCUGGAACUUGGAGAAACUGAUUUUUUGUCGUACAUUGUGAAACUUGAUCUUUUGUGCUAGCACAACAAUAACUUAACCCUUGCCGGGUCGGGUCUGAUUGUUUUCUUUUUUACUCAGAAACUCUUGAACAACAGUGAGUGACUUUCGAAAGUGUCACUGAUUUAUUAGGGGUGGUGUCCACACUCUAGCAGCCUUGACCCGAAUCGAGGGCGAGGACGAGGAAGGUUGAGGUUUAUGCCAGGUCAUAAAACUACCUAAAGGCAUCAGUGGUGUAAGCACCUCGUAAAAAUUAGUCGUUUUAUAGUGGUGCAAGUUAUGAGUACACAGGUUAGGUUAGGUGAGGGCAUGGAUGAGAUUGAUCGCUAAUAGACGUUGUGUUUGUUUUUUGUUUGUUACACGUGAUCUUCAACUGGACAUUCUCAACCUGGGAUUUUGUGCACUGGAAACUGUUCCUGUUUUGUGAACUGAUGAUCUUUGUGGUGUACUGAAUACACUUGGACCUGUGAUAAACUGUACGUACAUAUGAUUUUGUACUGAACAACAAACAUUGUGUGGUUGUGUUGUGUUGUGUUCUACUGGGCCCGGACACCGCUCAACAAUUAUCAUCAUCGGCGACCUUGUUGACACGGGGGCCGACGGCACGUCGACCAACGCCGUGUACGAUGUGCAAAAUGGCGGCGACGUGGCACUGGGUGGUCACUGUGUCGGAUCCAACAACGGAUCCACAGCCUGCACGAACGGAUCUGCCGCCGGGUUGACGUGGUGGGCCAUGAUGAACGGAGGGGGCUCCAUCUACGAGGAGAGUCCGCCGCCUCCCGUGCCGCCUCCACCGCCUCCACUAACCGCCAUCACACCGACCACCAUCAAAACAUCUCCCUCAUCAACACCGGCCACAACCUCCUCCACAGCCCCAGCGUCACCAACCUCGGUGACUAGCAGUGCGGGUCCGUUACACGUGCCCGUCAAACGUCUCCUCUAUGGCGACUGCACGGGGGCGGAAUCCGGUGUGAUCCGGCACUCCCACACGCAGCCCUGGAGCUACAGUCCGGUGGAGUCCCACCACCCGGGUACCGCCUCCGCGUUCGACCAGUACAACAACUCCUAUGUCAACCUGCCGCCUCCAGACUCAACCCCCCGUGACCGCAAACCACCAUCCUCCAGCCUCUCCUUCUGGUCACCAACCACAGUCGGUGACUACCCAAAGUACUCGAAUGCAGCAUCGGCAGAGUCCCCGGUCACCUGCCAGUCCUUCUCGACUAACACCUGGACCGGGUACACUCCUCCCUACCCGGCCGCCUCCAGGCAUCACAUAGUGGACUCCCAUCACCACCACCCUCACCACCAGCCGGUGUCCUACCUGAGCCCGAACGAUGACCGGAGGGUGGCUGCCUCCAUGGUCGCCGAGACGGGCUUCCCGCACGAUGGCUAUCCGCUACGGAACUACCCGGCGCCUCCCGAUGCGGUCGGAUCCACGCCCUACCCUCCUCCACCAGGCUCGCUAAGCAUGCCGAGCAUGGGCGGAGGUCCCCACGAGUGGGCUCACAGCCAGGUCUCGGUGCGGAAAAAGCGCAAACCGUACUCGAAGUUCCAGACCCUAGAGCUGGAAAAGGAGUUCCUAUACAACGCCUACGUGUCCAAACAGAAACGCUGGGAGCUGGCCAGAAACCUCAACCUCACCGAGCGUCAGGUCAAAAUCUGGUUCCAGAACCGGCGCAUGAAGAACAAGAAGAACACCCAAAGACAGGCUCAACAGGCUAACAACAACAACAACAACAAUAACAACAACAGCAGUAGUCACCAUCACGCGCAUGCGCAUCCUCACCAUCUGGUCAACCAUCAUGGCACGGCGGCUACCAAUGGUGCCAUCAAGCACCAUCAGUGACAAGCACCUUUCUCUGGGGUUGUGUUUGGACAUCAUCUUCAUCACCAUGGUGUGGCCACCUCGUAAGCGAGCCACACCACAAACUAGUGGGGCACUGAUCUAGAUUUAGAUUCCUCCUGAAUAAUACUUUAUUCCACUAAUUUAUUAUUACUUUCCUUGCACUAUUACCGUAGGCAAGGAGAGUAUUGCUUCCCAAAACAAAAAAUGUUCCCUGAUUUCAAAUUUUCUAUACGUUUCAAGGUCCCCUGAUGCCAAAAACAUGUUUUUUUUUUAUAUGGUGUCAUCCAAUUUUAUGGUAUUGAUUCACAGUGGUUAUUUACCUAAUCGUCAUAUUGAGGGAAGAGUAAAAGUGAUCUUGAUUAUUUUAUUUAGUUUAUGAUUCAUCAAUUGAAGGAAACUUAUUUUACCAGUUAAUGUGAUAAAAACAAUCACAAAACAUGAGUCAUAAACUCAAUUUUUGAAAAAAUGUACAAAACGAG